AUGGCCACGUUAUUUCAGAGAACAAAACUUGAACGCCGAGAAUAUUCAUCGGUCGAUGAUGUACUUGAUGGGGAAGAAAAACCGGUACUCGAUGACCGAGAGAAGCAAGCGAUUUGUCACGUCGCCGUCGUCGCUGGUCGCCGCCAAAAACAGUUGGUGUCUGGCAUUCGCUUGGUCCAUGAAACAUCCACUUCCGAGUGA